UAAAAGUUCUCUUAAAUCAAGAUGCGCAAAGGGAAGAGAAAUCUUUGGCGUUGCCACACAAUGUUCUUCAGCCAGUGAGUACCUAAAUUGAUGAGCCCUUUGAAGUGUUUAAAAGCAAAGUUCAGCUUCGUUUCGUUAAUAUGGCAUCACCUUCGGUAAUUGUAUCGAGUGCGAGCAAAUGGUGUUUGGAGCUAAUUAAAACUUGUUUCUGAAAAUAAUUAAAGUGAUAAAGGUCCGACCUUCUAUAAAAUACAAAAAUGGCACUAUCCAAUGGCGAAGAGGAGCUUUUAUCAAUUCAAGAGGAAAAUAUUGAAAAAGAGCUUGACUUGGAGACAGAACAGAAAACGGGCGAGCUAGAUCCUUAUAAGAUAAUAUUAAAAAACACAAAUGAACUACAAAAACAACUUAGUGAGCUGUGCGCAAAAGUUGAGGAUCUCCAAUUUCAGAACCAACCAGUGCUGAUUCAGAAUCAGGAACAGCUGCAGUCCCUACAGAACUAUUGUCGGGAGAUGGAUGAGCAUGUCGCUUCUAUUAAAACGAUACAGGUUUUGCAAUCCCAAGAAUUUGAUCAAAAAUUAUUGGAAAAGGACCAAAUGCGUCUGCAAUUACUAGCCGACUUGAAAAGACAAGAGGAAUCCCAUAUGCAGGAGAUGGAUCAACUGAAAUUGAAACUUAAAAGUGAGCUGGAGGCGAAGGAUAGACAAUGCUUGGAGUUAGAGCAAGAAAUAGAGCGUUGCAAGACCCAUAACGACAUCAGCGUCUCUUGCUCCAUAUGUCUGGAUCCAUGGAAUUCAUCAAGUGAUCAUCGUUUGGUGUCGCUCCAAUGUGGCCAUCUCUUUGGUGACAAAUGCAUACGAAGCUGCCUACAGCAACUGAAUGAGUGUCCCCAAUGCAGAGCUCCAUCCAGGACAGAUUAUAUACGUUAUCUCUAUGGUCGCCCACUUUAAGUUAUUUAAAUAUAAUCUUUAGCAGUUUCAAAGUGAAACGAGGUGAACAUUUCGAAGGCAGAUGAAAAUAUUUUGUUUCUUAU